UGGGGGGAUGUCCUUGGCCUUCCCUGUGGGCCGGAGGCAAAUCCCCUCCCUGUCCUUCUUGCUUCCUGCCCCAGGCCCCGAGCUGAGGACGGAGAGCCUGGAGGACAAAUCCCCCCGUGAGACCCUGGUGGGAGAGGCCGUUUUGAAGGGCUCCCCGGCGCAGGAAGGCAGCGGGGAGGAAAAGGGCCGGAGAUCCCCCCACAGGAGGGGCUCCAAAGCCAUCCCAGGGUGCUCUGAGGAGGAAAGAGCCAGUCUGUGCCGGGAAGGUGGCAGGAGCUUGAACCGGAGCUCUGAGCUGGUGGUCCCUGAGCAGCCUCCCAGCAGGGAGAAGCCCUUCAAGUGCUUGGAAUGUGGGAAGAGCUUCAGAGACAGCUUCAACCUGAUCCGACACCAGCACAUCCACACUGGGGAACGGCCCUACAUGUGUAGGGAAUGUGGGAAGAGCUUCAGGAACAGCUCCGGCCUGCACGUGCACCGUCGCAUCCACACUGGGGAACGGCCCUACAAGUGUGUUGAGUGUGGGGAAAGCUUCAGGACCAGCUCCAGCCUCCGCUCUCACCAUCUUAUCCACAGUGGGGAACGGCCCUACAAGUGCUUGGAAUGUGGGAAGGGGUUUCAGACCAGCUCAGAUCUCCUGAAGCACAAGCCGACACACACAGGGGAGUGGGCCUUCUACUGCACUGACUGUGGGCAGGGCUUCAACCGGAACUCCACCCUUGUCACCCACCAGCGCAUCCACACUGGGGAACGACCCUACAAGUGUGGGGAGUGUGGGAAGAGGUUUACACGCAGCUCACAUCUCAUCCAGCACCAGCAGACUCACACGGAUGAGAGGCCCUUCUGCUGCACAGACUGCGGGAGGAGCUUCAACCAGAACUGCAACCUCAUCAAGCACCGGCGCAUCCACACUGGAGAGAGGCCCUACAAGUGUGGAGAGUGUGGGAAGAGCUUCACUAAUAAGUCUGGCUUGACCCAACACCAACGGACCCACCGGUAAAGGAAGCUCCAACUACGGGAAGAGCUUUGGCCGCUGCUUCCACCCCGAAUGAACCCCCUGAUGAUGAGGCAACCCCUGGAGUCCAGUGACUGUCAGUCCAUCCCUUUCAACCAGAAAGGGCCAGUCCCCUUUCCCAGGGGCAGCUUCUUCCAACAGAACCCUUCUUGGGGUGUGUGUGGAGAUUCCUGCCUUGCCUGGGGACCCCCCAAGGUCACUCCUCGAGGUUGAGAGCAGAGAUCUCCCCACGAUAGAAUUGCUUCAACAAUUGCUUUAGUGUAGAGCACUGUCCUAUCUUAUUCUGUACUCCUGUUAGUUUUAGAGUUUCUGUUGUGCAGUUAAUAACUCUGAUGAA